UCGCUCCUUCCGCUCUUGAUUAUCGUUGGCAUCGCCUUUGUGAAAGUGAAUUCCAUCAUGGUCACUCGCAGCGGAGACGCUUUCGCACGUGCUUCGGCUUUGGCGGAACAAGCACUGGGAGGCGUACGAACAGUUUAUGCAUUCAGUUUACAAAGUCGGUUACAAGACAAGUACAGCAAAGCACUACAUGGGGUGGAAAGCGCAGAUAGGAAGAAAUCGAAUAUUGCCGGAUUUGCUUUGGGGUUCUUUACCUCUUUGCUAUUUUUGAUAUUUGCUCUGUCAUUCUAUCUGGCAGUCAGAAUGAAAAUUGAUGGGGAUAUAGAUGGUUCCAGCGCAGUGACGGUUCUCCUAUCCAUGAUGAUGUUAGCGGCUUCCCUCAUGAAUGUGCCGUCUGCCUUAUCUGUACUCGCAAGCGCCGCCGCCGCCGCUAGCAUCCUUUUCCACAUUAUAUGGGAUGCUCAAUCGAUGGCGCCCGGGGCGAGGGGUGCACAGGAAAUGCGAACCCUAGACCGAAUAAGCGGAAAGAUCUCGUUUCAAAACGUCCAUUUCAGUUAUCCAGCCAGACCAGAAAUACCAAUCUUGAACGAUUUGCAUUUGGAAAUUGGGGCAGGGAAGACUGUUGCCUUCGUUGGAGGCUCUGGAAGUGGCAAGUCGACUACCAUUGCGCUUCUUCAAAGGCUCUAUAAUCCGGCGCGAGGUUUCGUGCUCGUGGAUGGUAAAGAUGUGCGCUCCUUGGACCCGCAAUGGUUGCGAAGGCAUAUCGGAGUCGUUGGGCAAGAGCCUGUUUUGUUUGCCCUUUCUAUUAAGCAAAAUAUCUUGCUGGGGACCCACGAGAGCGUCUCAACGUCGCGCUUCCUUGAAGUUUGCAAAAUGUCCCAAUGUCACGAAUUCGUUAGCAAACUGCCUCUUGGAUACGAUACUCCAGUAACCACUGGAAUGUUGUCAGGGGGACAGAAGCAGAGAAUUGCAAUUGCCCGCGCCUUGAUCAGCGACCCAAAAAUACUCUUACUUGACGAGGCUACUUCGGCUUUGGACACCAACUCGGAACGACUUGUCCAAAAGGCACUAGAUUCGGCAUCGAGUGGACGAACAACGAUAGUUAUUGCCCAUCGGCUAUCUACGGUUCGGAAUGCUGAUAUGAUAUGCGUCAUGGAAAAGGGGGUGCUAAUUGAAAAGGGUCGCCAUGAAGAAUUAUAUGCCCUGAACGGCACUUAUACUCAACUGGUCAACAAACAAAAACUUUCGGUUGGCCAUGAGACUGCACCGGGGAGAGACGAACCGAUGGUGUCACAAAGGGAAUCCGUUCAAAUGGAAAGAAAUGAGUAUAUUAUAGAGAUUAUGCGCGCAGACGAAGAACUCCAUAUGGACUCUCCAGAAGAACUAGCAGCACAGUCUGAAAGAAGAUUACAAGAAGAAAGGAGAAGGAGGGGAGACGUUGUUCAUGGCUCCUCCUCGCUGUUCUGGAGAGUAUUCAACUUCAUGCGCCCAGAGUGGACUUUGAUUGUCCUGGGUACUCUUGCUGCCGGAUGUGGAGGAGUCGUUUUUCCCGGUUUUGCGCUAAUACUGGGUUUCACCGUGCAAGAGAUAGUAAAACCUGAUCCCACCACGGCAUACCGGUGGAUAUCUUUUAUGCUUGUAGUUGUUGCGUUUGCUCUGUUUAGCACCUGGGCUCGUUCGGCACUAUUUGGAAGAGUGAAUGCUAUAGUGACAACCAAACUACGGCUCUUGAUGCUGCAAAAUUUGCUCAAACAAGAAAUGGGAUUCUUCGAUUUAAAGCUGAACUCCAUUGGAAUACUUUGCAACAAGUUAGCAAUGUGCUCUUCUGUACCUUGUUUUGUAACGGAGGUUUGGUCUGAACUUGCGCAACUGUCAUUUACCGCUAUUUAUGGAAUAGGAUUAUCCAUGGCAUUUGCUCCGACGUUGGCAGCGAUUCUGCUGAUACUACUUCCGUUUCUGAUCAUCGCAUCAUACUGGCAAAGCAGUGCCAUCUCUCUGUACGCCGAUGCGAGUAAGGAGGCUAAUGAACAGGCAAUGCAGGUUGCAACCGAAGCCAUUCGCGAUGUGAAGACCUUCAAAUCGCUCGUCAGAGAAGACUUUGCAGUGCAGAGAUACCGAACAUUUCUUGCAAAGCCAUUCGAAUUGAGUAGGAAAAAUGCGUUUCUCGAUAGCCUUGCAUACGCCGUUCAAGCUACAGCAGCCAUGUUCACCAUCUCAUUGGGACUGUACGCCGGCUCCCGUUUAAUUAAAUCUGCUACUCUGGAAUUAUGGCAACUACUUGUGGUAGUGCUCGGAAUGAUGGUUACCAUGAUUAGUGUCGCAAGUUCCGCCGGGCUGGCUAGUGCGUAUGCGAAAGGCAAAUUCGCAUCCCUUACCGCAUUUCAACUGCUCGACAGAGAAACGGAGAUUGACCCAGAGAAGAAUGGAUUCGUCCCAACAAAUUUUCGAGCUGGUUUCAAAUUCGAGAACCUCGCUUUCCAAUACCCAACGUCAACGGAGCCCAUUUUUACCGGACAAUUUAACUUGGAGGGGCUGGAAGAUAAAUCUCUAGCACUGGUCGGUCCUAGCGGAUGCGGCAAAUCCACGGUCAUUGGACUGUUGCAACGAUGGUAUGAGGCACAGGCUGGCGAGGGCACCAUUGGCGGAGUCAGAAUAGCGGAUUACCAGUUACUGCAAGGGCUACGUUCAAACAUUGCUCUAGUCGGUCAAGAACCCAUCUUGUUCGACAUGAGCAUCGCGGACAAUAUUGCUUGGGGAUGCGAAAGACCUGUCACAAUGGACGAGAUUAUUGACGCUGCCAAACAAGCAAACGUUGAUGGAUUUGUUGCUGCUUUGCCUGACGGUAGGUUGGCAAUUUAUUUGCCUUUUUUCAUCGUGGAAUGAUUUGUCACUACCAUCUUUGUUUGUGCGGGCAGGUUAUAAUACCAGAGUAGGAGAAAAAGGAGGACGCUUAUCUGGCGGGCAAAAACAACGAAUAGCCAUUGCGAGGGCUCUUAUAAGGAAACCUAAGUUGCUAUUACUGGAUGAGGCAACGAGUGCAUUAGAUUCUACAAGUGAAGCAGAAGUUCAAAAGGCCAUUGAUAAAGCAGCCGUUGGGCGAACCACCGUGACCAUUGCACACAGGUUAUCAACUAUCAGAAACGUUGAUUGCAUUGCCGUUGUUUCCGGUGGGAAAAUAGUUGAGAUGGGAAGGCAUGAACAACUCGUUGCACUCAACGGGGUGUACGCGGGUCUCUGUCGGCAGCAGGAUGUGUGAAUUCCAACGUGUACUUCGGAUCAUAGAUUAGACUUCCCUGUUACUGUAUGGCACUUCCGAGGUGGUGAGUAAAUUCCAAGCCUUGGAAUGAAUCCCCUUUACAUUGCAGAAAACAAAUUGACAUUGCCUAUUGCACCGAUAUAUCGAGCUUCCCAAUUCCUUGAGGAAUUCGGCGCCCAUUACCCUGGAUGUACUUAGAGCUGUUGGCGCCGCGUGCAAGUUUCGGAGAUUGCCUGAAUCUAGUUUCCAAUGCAGCACCGCUCAAAAAAAGAUGAUAUCAGAUUUUCCUAAACAGUCUGUGAUUUGGCAUUGAGGGAA